GCACUACGCACUACGGCCCAAAGGCGUUGGUGGUUGGUGUCCGUCCGAAGAUGCGUUGCACUCCGGCAGCAUCAGUACCAGCUCCGCCGCGCCAAUAAACCAAAAAACCCGGAGGACGGAGGAGAACCAGCGGCGUGUUUGAGGCUCGAGCGGCGCCGGUUCAACGGAGCGGCGAGAUGGGAGACCAGAAGGAAUCUCUGCGUAAGAUCACCCACACCCUGGCCAUGAAGAAUGAGGAGAUUUCCAACUUCGUCUGCACUCUCAAACAGAGCCUGGAGAACUUAGAGGCGAACUCCAACAGAGUCCAGGAGGACCUGGAGUCAGAGUUCACCUCCCUCCACUCUGUUCUGGACGAGAUGAAGGAAAACAUGGUGACGCGCAUCAAACAGGAGAGAGCCAGCCGCACAUACGAGCUGCAGAGUCAGCUGAGUGCCUGCUCCAAAGCCCUGGAGAGUUCAGAGGAGCUGCUGGAGCUGGCCAAUCAGACGCUCUGCUCCUCCCAGACGGAUGGUUUCAAUCAGGCGGCCAAAGACAUUAAGGAUAGUGUGACAAUGGCUCCAGCCUUUCGCCUCUCCCUGAAGGCUAAAGCCAGUGACAACAUGAGUCACUUGAUGGUGGAUUUCAGCCAGGAGAAGGGGUUGUUGCAGGGCCUCAAGUUUCUCCCAGUUCCCGCCACUCCAGAGAUCCAGGUCUCAGAGUGCCAGGUGUGCGACAACACAGUGGCUGUAGUUUGGACCUUACCGGAGCCCGACAGCAAGAUAGACCACUACAUCCUGGAGCAUCGACGCACCAACCACGAGGGCCCGCCUCGCAUCAGAGAGGACUACCCCUGGAUGGUGGUGGAGGGGAUACGAGAGACGGAGCACACACUCACAGGUCUGCGCUUUGACACACGGUACAUGACGUUCAGAGUGAAAGCGUGUAACAAGGCCGUGGCGGGAGAGUUCUCCGAGCCGGUUACACUAGAAACCCACGCCUUCACCUUCAAGCUGGACUCUGGUUCGGCCCACCAGAACCUGAAGGUGGAGGACUUGAGUGUGGAGUGGGACAGCAGUGGAGGAAAGAUACAAGACAUCCGCAAAGAAAAGACCCGAACCAACUCCCCGAUGCACUCUCCAGCCAGGUCAGCCCUGAUGUCACCUAAGAGAGCUCCGACAGCUCGGCCCGGCAGAGACAGAUUUACAGCAGAGUCUUACACGGUGCUGGCUGACACCAUGAUUGACGCCGGCCAGCAGUACUGGGAGGUGCGGUUUGACAAGGAGAGCAAAGCCUUCGCUGUGGGCGUGGCGCUGCGGAGCCUCGGAAAAUUUGACCAGCUGGGGAAAAGCAGCGCUUCCUGGUGCAUCCACCUGAACAACUGGCUGCAGCAGAGUCUCACUGCAAAGCACAACAACAAGGCCCGGACGCUGGACUGUGCCAUCCCGAGCAGUAUAGGAGUCUACGUCAACUAUGACGAAGGUGUUUUGUCUUUCUACAACUCCAAAACUAAACAGCUGAUGCACUCCUUCAAAACCAAGUUCCAGCAGCCAGUUAUACCAGCUUUCAUGGUGUGGAACGGCAGUUUCUCAGUAGUGACGGGCCUGCAGGUUCCCAGCGUGGUGCAAAGCGGUCAGAGGAAGAACAGCGGCACCAGCAGCUCCAACGCCAGCCUCACCUAGUCUCAUGCACUCAGCCAGCUGGACGCCACCCAGCUCUGCUCGACCACAGUCCCAGCUGCAGAACAUCACCUCUGCCGUGGCUGCGGUCCAAGCCAUAUCAUGGAAGAGUUUCAUCACUGGAGUAGGAUGGUUUAGCCUGUUCCUUUGGCUGCGUUACGUGACAAGGAAAACGGUUUUGGGAACAAGUGAGUCAUCGGCGCCAUCAGUGACAGAACUCUUCAGAUGUAUGACUCCGGCUGUUGUUGUUGCUUGGGACACAUUAGCUGUAGUCUCUAGUCUUUCCUCUCAUGUCAUUUAGCACUGUCCCACUGCUGCUAGAGCAAAGAUUUAGCGCUGGCCGCUGCCCUUCCUUCCUCGCCAUCACCAAAACUGUCAGUCGUACUGUCAAAGCAGCCAGCUGCAGGUGCAGGGUCAAGGCCUGUCCUGUCUGCUCUCUCCCUGUGCCUUCCUUCUCAUUUCCAAACUGAUUGGCCAAAUCAGGUGAUCCGCACCAACAUGCUAGUGUUUCACUGUCUCCCUAUACCAAUUUAAAACGAUGUGUUGUGUCGGUGUCAUUAUAACUCGGUUGUAACGUAACUUAGUGGUAAUUAUCACCCACUGAAUCUGCCUCUUCUCAUCAGCCAACCUAUGUAACCCAAAUAAUCUGCUCCUUGACAAUGCUACUGAAUAGAAUGUAGUUCAUUAAAUCAGGAUUUAUUCAACUUUGCCAGCAGCUAACGGAUCAUAAGAACAACACAUAUUAGGGAUGUUGUGUUUUCUGUCUUGCCGAGGCAUGCAGGCCAAUCAGUGUUUACUGCAUUUCACUUUUUGUAGUCGGGUUUGCGUGCGAGAAACUGGGUCGUUUAGCCUCCUGCUGAGCUUCUGCUGGUUUGAAAUCAGAGUCAGUGUUGGCUGUGAGAGUUUAAAGGGAUAGUUUGGAUCUUUUGAAGUGGAGUCGUAUGAGGUACUUAUCCAUCGUGUUUUACACACAGUAGAUAUCAGUGCACCAAAUUCAGAGAAGCAAGCAGGAGCACCAGUAUUGAAGCUAAGCAUUGUACUGCUGUGGAUGGGGGCAGCAGCAAAAUGUAUUUUAGCCACCUUAAAAAAUCAUUAUCAGUUUAAUAAUAUGUUACAUUAAGAAUAUUUAACUGCUUUACCUUGAUGUAGACUAGGAAUGUUCCUAAUGACUUAUUUCACUUUAAACUGAGACCAGUCAACUAAACUUAAACUUAGAAAACACUCAGAGAACAGUCACAACGAGCACAAUUUAAUCAGUAAGAUUUUCCGUAUAUUAUUGUGUAUAUCAUAAGAGCCAUUUGAAGCUGUUAAUUACAGUUUUCUAUAACCAAGUAGUAUUUUAAAUGCCACUGAAAUGUGAGGCACUUUGCACCGUGCAUUGUCACCUCACAUCAAGCGAGUCCCUGGUUCAAACCCCAGGGUGGAGGAGUCCAUAUGUGUGGAGUCUGCAUGUUCUCCCUGUGUCAGCGUGGGUUUCCUCCAGGUGCUCCAGCUUCCUCCCACAGUCCAAAGACAUGCAGGUGGUGAGGUAGUGACUCUAAAUUGUCAGUAUGUGUGAAUGUGAGUGUGAAUGGUUGUCUGUCUCUAUGUGUCAGCCCUGUGAUAGUCUGGUGACCUGUCCAGGGUGAACCCUGCCUCUCGCCCAGUGUCAGCUGGGAUAGGCUCCACCCCCCUGUGACACCUGAGAGGAUAAGCGGGUAUGGAAAUGAAAUUAUUCUUUAGGAAAAUAAAUCUUGAGUGACAGCAUCGCAUAAAAAUAAUGAUAAUUUUUAUAAUAAUUUUAACCAACUAGUAUUCCUAGUGCUGACUCGUGAAGGCAGCGAUGUUUAAUCGACUAGUCGACUAACAGCACACAGCGGUAACAGACGGAGAAGGCAUUAAUGGCUUUAGUGUCCCAUGUAUGCCUGCUUCAAAGCGCCACACUCCAGUGACAAACACAGUAAUUUGAGCAUGCUAUACACAGGAGCUGCUGGUCUAUCACCGCCUCCAUUUGUUAGUUAGUUUGUGUUACUGCGUGACUUUGGUAAACGUGAACUAACUCUUUAAAAGACCAGACCAUCAGUGGAGUGAAAGAGAGCAACCUAACGGCUUCAGUUGCCCGUCAGAGAUCACUGUCUGCAGCAAGGUAAAGUGACAAUAUUCUAAAUAAAGCAUACACUGUAACGUAGGUGGCUAAAAUAUGUUUUUCUGCUAAGCCUGUCCACAGCAGUACAUUGCGUAGCGUCUGUGACAGGACUCCUGCCUGCUCCUGCAAACUGAGAGCGUACCAACCACCAUCUACUGUAUGUACACACUGACUGUGGAUAAGCACCUCUCACAACCCCACUUAAAAAACUGCGGACUGUCCCUUUAAUGCCAGACUCUGCACAGAAAGUUAGCAGGGAGUUUCCAUCAGUGUAACUCCAUGUAGAGGAGUCAUCAGAUAUGGCUUCAGGAUUUUGGAAAUGACUGUACUGUAUUAAUUCUACUCACCUGACUGCACCCCAAUGCUUGUUUGUACUGUGUGUGUCUAUACCUAAUAAUAACACCACUUUAUUUACUGAAGAGGAAUCCCAUUAUGAGUAGUGGGCUGUCUGUAGUCCAAAUAUAACAAAUAGCUAGCGAUUAGCCUCAGCUAACAAAUUGUAUUAUGCGAGUUAGCCAGGUUUAGGGUCCACCUGGGUGAGACACCAGAAACUGAUGUUAUGAAGUCCUUAUUUGUGCACAGCCCGAAUUCUGAGUAGCGUCCACGUUAUAGAUUACAUGGGAACGGUCUUGCUUUGCCACGUUGCUCCCUCUGUAUGCAUCUCCUGAAUAACUGUAGCCUGCAACGCUUUAAAGAAGCUGAGAGUUAUGUUAACUUUAUUUCACAUGCUGACACAGUGUCACAAUUUAUUGUAAAUAGUUUUGUUUUUCCACAAUAAUGUAUCAGUCAUUGAGGUAAUAAAGGAGUGAGAGCA